UCUCUUUCCCCGGCCACAAAACAACCGUGAGUGUCCAACUCACUGUUCCUGAAAAACUUAAAAUAAAAAUAAUAUAAAAAAUAUAAAAUCCACAAAAUCUUAAAAAGUGCAGAUCUACUUAAAGAAAUAGAAACCUUUUAAAAAAAAUAGCAAAAUAUUAUUUUAAAAAAACAUAAACAUCAGGCCUCCGGCUUAACUCGAAGUUGUCGUCUUUUUUAAAGGAAACACUUCAGAAGACACCGGUCUUUAUCGCGCUGCUUUUUCCAGGUUUGGCAUUUUCAAAACGCCCGAUCAGCUGUCUGUGCAGCGUGUCUUUAAACCAAAGCGCAGUUUGGAUCCGGAUUACAGACCAUACCGACAUUUUUCUGGCGUUUUUAAAACGAAGCCUUGCGUUUAUCCUCUGAAAUCAGCGAUAUGAACACAGCGACGGGGAGUUAUCCGAUGGCUUCUCUCUACGUUGGCGACCUGCACCCCGACAUCACGGAGGCUAUGCUGUACGAGAAAUUCAGCCCAGCCGGACCGGUGCUCUCCAUUCGGGUCUGCCGAGACAUGAUCACCCGGCGGUCCCUGGGAUACGCUUAUGUGAACUUCUCACAGCCAGCUGACGCUGAAAGAGCUCUGGACACCAUGAAUUUUGAUGUGGUGAAAGGAAAGCCAAUCAGAAUCAUGUGGUCCCAAAGAGAUCCCUCCCUCAGGAAGUCGGGUGUGGGCAAUGUUUUUAUCAAGAACCUCGACAAGUCCAUUGACAACAAAGCCCUGUAUGACACCUUCUCUGCCUUUGGCAACAUCCUCUCCUGCAAGGUGGUGUGUGAUGAAAACGGCUCCAAGGGUUACGCCUUUGUCCAUUUUGAGACCCAGGACGCGGCUGAUCGCGCCAUCGAGAAGAUGAACGGCAUGCUUCUGAAUGACCGCAAGGUGUUUGUGGGUCGUUUCAAAUCUCGCAAAGAACGGGAGGCUGAACUCGGUGCCAAAGCUAAGGAGUUUACCAACGUAUACAUCAAGAACUUUGGGGACGACAUGGAUGAUGAACGCCUGAAGGAGAUUUUUGACAAAUACGGUAAAACACUCAGUGUGAAGGUGAUGACAGACCCCAGCGGCAAAUCCAGAGGGUUUGGAUUUGUUAGUUACGAAAAACACGAGGACGCCAACAAGGCUGUAGAGGAGAUGAAUGGCACUGAACUCAACGGAAAGACUGUGUUCGUGGGCCGAGCUCAGAAGAAAAUGGAGAGGCAGGCGGAGCUGAAGAGGAAGUUUGAGCAGCUGAAACAAGAGAGGAUUAGUCGUUAUCAGGGAGUCAAUCUUUAUAUUAAAAACUUGGAUGACACAAUAGAUGACGAGAAACUGCGCAAGGAGUUCUCUCCAUUUGGCUCAAUUACAAGUGCUAAGGUGAUGCUAGAAGAGGGCCGGUCCAAGGGCUUUGGCUUUGUCUGCUUUUCCUCCCCUGAAGAGGCUACCAAGGCUGUGACUGAAAUGAAUGGACGUAUUGUUGGCUCUAAACCUCUCUACGUGGCUCUUGCUCAGCGCAAAGAGGAGCGCAAAGCCCAUCUCACCAACCAGUACAUGCAGCGAAUAGCUGGCAUGAGGGCCAUGCCAGCUAAUGCCAUCAUUAAUCAGUUCCAGCCCACCAGUGGAUACUUCAUGCCAGCUGUGCCGCAGGCUCAGAAUAGGACUACGUACUAUGCACCCAAUCAGCUCGCCCAAAUGCGACCAAAUCCCCGAUGGCAGCAACAAGGUGGACGAAGUCAAGGGGGUUUCCAAGCAAUGCCCAGCUCGCUGCGUCAGCCAGGGCCCCGUGCCAACCUCAGACACAUGAGUCCUAGCAGCAGCACACAAGGCCCACGAGCUGGUGGUCAGAGCAUGGGGCCUCGUCCUUCAGUCGGAGUCUCCGGCCCUCGGGCCAUGCCUCCUUACAAAUACGCCACUGGUGUCCGUAACCCCAACCCCCAGGUGGUGCAACCUAUUGCCUUACAGCAGACUCAGCCAGCGGUGCACGUUCAGGGCCAAGAGCCUCUCACGGCCUCCAUGCUGGCUGCUGCACCUCCUCAGGAGCAGAAACAGAUGCUGGGGGAGCGUCUGUUCCCACUGAUUCAGGCCAUGCAUGCUAACCUGGCAGGAAAGAUCACCGGCAUGUUGCUGGAGAUCGACAACUCUGAAUUACUACACAUGCUUGAGUCCCAUGAGUCUCUACGUUCAAAGGUGGAAGAAGCUGUUGCAGUUUUACAGGCACACCAGGCCAAGAAAGACGCCACCCAGAAAGUAGGUGGCAUGGCUCCUACUGCUGCUGCUGCCACAUCCUGAAGACUCUGAGCUAUUCUAACUUGAGCACAGAAAACUGAGAGGAGAUGGGAAGAGAUGCACUACACUGGAAAGCCCAAAGUCUUCUGAACAAUCACACAAAAACAAAAAUCAAGAAAAAAAUGGAAAACCUUAUUUUAAAUGUACACUUUGAAAAAAUAUUACAUAAUGCAUAAUUUUGUAGUUCUGUAAUACUUUUACGCUGCAUACCAGAUGCAGUGAUGCAAAUGAAUCUUGGACAAAGGCCCUUUAUUUUGUGGCAAAGGAGAGGAAGUAAAAAGAGCCUUGUUCUUUGUCUUUGCUUGAAAGCUUCAUGUUGGUGUGAAAUGACUCCUCCAUCCUAACACGUUAUCAACGGGUGUGUGGUAAUUUCAAUAAAGGGAUGAUAUAUCCA